ACUAUGUCGUGGUAGACGCGCUAAACUUGUGCUCUUGAUUGAAAAUUAAAUAAUUAAUCUAUUCAAUAAAAAUAAUAAAAUUUUGCCUACAUAAAUUCCACAAAUUCACAUCCUUACCACAUUUAAGUUAUAUUAUCAAAAACAAAUUAAAUAAAAAUAAUAUUACCAAUUAUUUUAUCGUGUGCUUUUCCAUAUUUGUUGUUUUUAACCACCGCUACAAAACUACAAAACAAAGAUAUACAGUGUCUCUCAUAAUUAUUCGAAUUUGGUUUACCUAAAUUCGAAUACUUAUGAGAGACACUGUAUGUACGUAAUAAAAUUUGUGCAAAAAAAUACUUUUUUUCUUUUGAAUCUGCCAUAUAAUUUUAUUAUAAAAUGCCAUAUCUUUGUGGAGUCUGUGAUCUGGAUACCACUGGGACAAGAUGUUUGCUGUGCAGAUCAUGUGAUAGCUGGUUUCAUGCCGAUUGUGAAAAUGUAACCAAAGUUUUGUUUACCACACUUGACAAAAAUCGUAAUUUGGCAUAUACUUGCAAAGGUUGUAUAGAAAAUCCUCCAGAUAAUUCUGAUGAUGCAUUCAAAGCAGAAAUGCGGAAGCAAUUUUCUACCCUUAACAACUCCAUCAAUGGCAUAAUAAGUGAACAGUCAGUAAUAAAAGCUAAAGUUGAUUCUGUCAUCAGUGAAGUACGCGCAGAACUGUCCAAUAGCCUGAAGGAAAUUAAGGAGGAGAUGGCAAGUUGUAAAUCCCUUGUAAAUCUCAAUGAUACCGCCUAUAAGAAAAAAUUUUACGAGCUUGAAAUGCAGAAUCAUAUGCUACAACACCGUUUCAAUCGUGCAGAUAUAGUCAUAACCGGUCUUUCGAAUAAUAUUGAUGAUUUAAUCAAAGUUGCUUAUGAUUUGUGUGAACAUUUAAAAGUGAACAUUGAUCCUGGUGAUAUUCUUAAUGCUCUUUACAUUAAGAAAGGAAAUGCUAUUCUUGUUAAAUUUGGUCAAAUUGUGAAGCGUGACAAAGUUAUCUCUGAAUAUUUCAAGCAAAAGUCCCUUAAAGUAUCUGAUAUUAUUGGUGGAAGUAAUGAGAAACGUGUUUACUUGAAUGAUAAUUAUACUACACUUGCUAAUAAAUUGCUUAAGAUAUGCAGGAAGUUAAAAAGCGAUGAGAAGAUAAAUGGGUAUAAUAUUAUAAACCGGGAAAUUCUAAUUGCUAAAAUUACAAUGAUCAAUGGGGAUGUGAAGACUUUGAAUUAUCAGGAAUGUAUCGACUUAUUCAAACUUAAUCCCAAAUAGCUAUUUUGUCUAAGUUUUACUAAUGUUUUUCAUAACCAUUUUUAUUCUCUAUAUAAAUUUUCUUUAAGAAAAUUUAUAUAGACUGAAUAUUAUGGUUUAUAUAUAUUUUUCUGGUGCUUUUAAAUUAUCCCACUGUUAAAUGAUUUGUUAAUAAUUUUUUGAAAUAGUUAAUUUUUUAAGUGUGUAAAUGAUAAUAUAAUUAUAUAAACUUUAGUUGCCUUAUAGAACUUAAUAAUUAUUUUCUUUACACUCUCUGCCACUUUUACACACUUUAAAAUAUUGUAUUAACGUUAUGAUCUACAUAAUUUUUUAUAUUAAAGAUUAUAUUUUAUUAUUCAAGCUACAGUUUCAAGCUAUUUUUCAUGCAGAUGCCCUUAGAUUAUACCAUAGUCAUUUGUUUUUAUAAUAUAUUUUUAUAAUAUAUAAUAUAUAUAAUAACCUACGUAUUAUACUUCACUUUUACAAUUUAAUAAGAAAUAGACAACCGGUAUUACUUCUAAAUCAGUUUUCAUUCAUCAAUUCAACUCGAAAUCUCUCUAUUUUCGAUCGUUCUUUUGUUAUAAGAGUUCAUCGUGCAUGGAGCAUGCUUCCUAAUGAGCUUAAACUUUUUUCGUACUCCUAUUUUACUUACAAAAGGAAACUAUUAGACUAUUUUAAUAGAGAUCAGAUUUAAUUAUAUUAAUUAUUUCUUUUUUAAUAUUCAAGGAUCAAUUUAUUUUAUAUCAUAUUCAUAUAUAUUUACCCAUUUAUACAGUUAAAACUUUGGUUAUAGAAACUCUUAUUCUUUAUUUUUAUGUGAUAUUUAUAUGGCUGGGGAGCCUAUCUUAUACAAAUAAUUCUUUUAUAAUAUAUUUAUUUUUACAUAGUAAUUUUCCUUACAAUACAUGUAUUAUUGGCCAUGAAGGCUUUUUUGUAUUGAUAUUAAAUAAAUAAAUAAAAUAAAUAAAACUAAU